AUGGAAUGCGCGAAAAAAUGCACGUGGAUAUUUUGUAAUAUUUUUUGUAUUUAUUGUUUCCUUUUUAAGGAUUCCUCCAAAGAUCCUAUUUUUUCAAAUCUUCUUUGCCUCCGCAAUGUUAUUAAUAACGUCUCAGAUGUAAGUGAACUCGAGCCUAUCGUCUUCCUAGCUCCGUUUCUCGAUGUGAUUCGUUCACCAGAAACCACAGGUCCUGUUACUGGUUUGGCACUUACUGCUGCCGAUAAGUUUCUUGCAUAUGGUCUACUGCAGGUUAAUUCUGCAGGAGCUCCAACUUAUGGUCCUGGUUCCUUGCACUCAGUUGCUAUAGCCGCAGAAGAGAUUGCAGAUGCAGUUACCCAAACAAGAUUCAUGGGGACAGAUAGAAGUUCAGAUGAAAUCUAA